AUGGAGCGAUCUACCGCCAGCCAGACCCCCAUCACCCGGGAAUCCCAACCACUCACCACCAACCUCAGGAUCCCUCCGCAACUCGUCGGCGCCGAAGGAUUGCAGGACCGGGGUGUCGCGGCCCAAUUCGGAGAUACAGCCGACGAUCAAUCCUUCGGAUGGGGGGGAGGCUUGGCUUACGAGAUUGAGGACAAGGCAGCUGGUCUGAGCGAGGGAGGUGGUAGCGGACAGCUAUCGGAAGGAUUUGCGUGUUGA